AUGGUGGCGGGGGCUGAGCGGAGGUAUCCACGCGGAACUGUUCGAGCUCUCAGUGGACGGGAGCAAAUAGGUGCUCGUCGAGCCGCGACUACUCUAUGUCACACGUCCAAACGGAGUACUAUUGACGACAGUACGCGAGUCACCGCCACAACUGCCGCCGGCCGCUCCGUCGUCGAGUCCAAACUAUCCAGCGGCUCAAAAGUCGAGCGUAUCUCCGAGUGCUUCGUCUUCUGGCGGGACGCGACGCAACGGACGUUGGCCGUGAAUACAUUGUCGAGCCGUGAUGCCGCCGCGUUUGUAGCUGCCGCCUCGCCCCUUGAUUCCGUCCAUUCGAGUACCGCUGGUUUAUUCCAGUCACUCUCCGCGCUCCUUGGGCCCCGUGCCCUCAGCCACUCAAUAUUGGACUGCCCGCUGCCAUCCGUCUACGUCGCCUUUGCCAAUUUGUACAACUUUAGAAUGUGGCGUAAAUCGAGUGAUGUCCGUGCCAUCGACCUGAAGGCGUUGGCCGGUGGAGCAGUACGGAUUGGAGGCCCUGAUGCCCUAACCCCCGUGAUCCAAUCCCCGAUCGGCGAGCAGAACCCAAUGAUAUCCUCCACAAUGUCAAAUGAAAAGCUCGGCGUCGAUGCCCAGCUGUUCGAGCUGAGGAAGGAGGAUGGGAGGUGGAGGAUGAGGUUGAGAGAUGAGUAUGAGGUGGAGAAGAAGAAUGGACGACUGGGGCUCACUAUCUACGCUCAUACUGAUAAUGGAGUCAUCAAGGCUGAGGUUCGCGGUGUCGCCUCAUUCUGCCCAGGUGGCCCAAGUGUCGGUGAUUGGGUGGUGGCUGUAGAUGGACUCCUCAUUGAGGAUGCGGCAUCUGCGGCAGAAGUUGAACGACUUCUCCGAGAUGGCCGAAGAAUCAGGCUGCGCCGUCGUCAACUCGCCGGCGAAUUUGAAUCCCUACCACAGCCAACAACUUCGGCACCGCUGCGACUCGAGAAGAUACAAGAGGCAUUCCUCGACAGCCUAGAAGAAGCCAUCGGCGACACCGACAAGGACACGGCCACCAAGGAACAAGUUCGGGACGCCGUGAUUCGGGCUGCCAACUGUUCUGGGGCCCAGCACUGCUCCUAUGAGUCGCGCAUGAUCAAGCCCGUCCAACGAAUCGUCCAGUACCCGUUGUUACUACGUACGGUGGCGGCGGGAUGUGAACGCGGAAGUUUGGAAGCUAGACAGGUAGAAACAGCGCUCCAAAAGAUGCAAACCCUCGCCGAAUACGUGAACGAGAUGCAGCGAAUCCACGAGCAGUUCAGCCCGCAUAUUGACGCCGUGCGCAAGAGUCACGCUGAUAUGUUGAGGGAUAAGGGUCUUCGCAUCGAUGUCCGUGAUCUGCUCAUCUUUGCCCACAUACGGUGGCUAAACUCGGAUCCGAAGGGAUCACAGGAAUACGUGGUGUUCGUCUUCUCGUCGCUGAUCUUGCUGCUGCCAAGCGUCGCCCGCCCCAACACAAAAGCCAAGCAUUUCCGAGUGCUUCCGAUUGUCGAGGUGGAGGUGGUGGAGGGGCCACGAGCGGCUGAUGGCGCGGCGAAGAGCCUUGAGGCAGCCCUGCAAGAUGGCACCCUCUACAGAAUCGCUUGCUGCCAACAGCUUCUAAAGCAACAGCUAGUCAAAAGCAUCCGAAAAGCCAGGACAACUUAUAUGAAAGAGCAAAAGCGCCCCCUCUCCGGCUCAUCCCAAAGCGACGCGGGCUACGCCAGCGAGCCCGGCAAGGAACGGGCCGGCAGUACAAAUUCU